AUGUCGCGGGCUCACGCGGAAAACGUGAUUAAAAACAUCAUCCGUGAGAUCGUGCAGGAGUGUGCGGUGAGGGGACAUGUCGUGUCGGACACUUUGGUUGCUUUCAUGGUGAAAGCUGUUGUUCUGGACCCAAGAAAUGGAUUCAAUGUUGAUCGCACACUGACAAAACAAGAUGUCCAAAAACUUGAGGAGUUGUGUCUGGAUAAACUGAUGGAAAAGUGCAGCCCCUCCCUCGACACAAUCAAAAUGCAAGUGUAUUUUGAUAUAAAUUAUGCUUCCCGACGUGAGUUUCUUGAGGAAAUCCAGCGGGUGUUGGACUCCAUGCUCAGCCCAGUUAGCAGAGACAUCACUGACAGCAGGGGGAAAACACGAGAGGAACUAGAUGCUCUGUACCGUAAAAUCAUGACAUACAUCGUGCUGCGCUCGGGCAUGGGUUCACCUACAGAUGACAACACUAUGCAAGAGGCUACAGCUGCUCUGCAAAGCGUCUUUCCUCCGACUGAACUGGGAACCUUCAUGGUGCUUUUAAAGAAGGAGAAGGAGAAGCAGCUUAAUGAACUUACCAUGAUUGUAACAGGGAUCCGAAUCUUCAACAAAGCCAGCAGGAAGAGGGGGCAGGAAACUGACCUUCUGCCGGAUGUUCUAAAUGGAACUCUUCCAGUCAUCAGUAACAGCAUAGAGAAGGAACUGAGUGCGUCACAGAGUUUGGCAUGGAAAUACACCGCAGUGCUGGAGAAGCUGACGGACUCUGACCAUCAGCCUGAAGAACUUGAAGUGUCCUCCUCUGUCUUGCUCAGACAGGCUCUCUACAACAUCAGGCAGCAUGAAGUAUUCCUCAAAAUGUUACUGGCAGAUGCAUGUCUGUGUGCCAAGCGUGUUGAAUUCCUGCAGACGGAGCUCUUGUCACAGAUGAAACUGCUGAAAGAAACCGUGCAGUCAAAGACAGCUGUACCCACUGCAAAUGUUUUUCCACUGUUCAAAGCCCUCUCAGACGUGUGGUCUGGACUUCGGGAUGAGGGUCAGCUGCUGAGCAUCCUCAAUAACAUCAAGCUCAGUCUGCAGCCCCUCCUCAGCUCUCAGGCCAACAUUUUUUCUGAAGCUUAUCUGGGUGACCUGCUGGAGGCAUCAGAGGUGAAGACAGAUGAACAGAGACUGACUGAGUCCUCAGGUAUGUCUGAUCGCAUUAUUCAAGCUGAGAUGAAGACACAGGAAUGGCUCCUGCCUGAAGCAACAUCUAGUUGUAAUGAUCUGUUGUUACAGUAUAAUGGAGUCUGUGGCUACACACUUGUGAACCGGGAUGGGCUUCUUCUUCCAGGUAAUCCACAGAUUGGAGUCAUGAUUCAUAAAGAGAAGCUUUAUGCUUUUAGCUCCAAAGAAGCAGCCUUGAAAUUUGCCUCUCGUCCAGACGACUUCAUUGCUGAGGUCGCAGAAAAAGCCAAGCUCUCUCCUGAACUCAUUCAGUUUCUCAAACUCCACCAACAGCUCUCCUGUGUCAGUCCAUACUGUGAGAUGCAGCCAAGAGAGAGUUUGCUGGUGAAGCCCAUCACUAAGUGUGAGAGCAGCACGCAGACUGACCUACACCCAGUGGAGACAAACAUAGUCAAGUCAUAUGAGUUGAAUGAGUGGGAACUGCGGAGAAAAGCUAUCAGACAGGCUAAUCUUCGGACCAAAGUUACGCACUCAGCACAGACUGAUCUGAGCCACAUGAGGCGGGAAAACAUCACUCAGACCUGGCUGCCCAAGGACGCCGCCUGUCAAAGCAAGAGAGACGGUGAGAGCAACGUGCCCAGGCCUCAGGUCUACCUGGCAGGUCUGAGGGGACAAAAAGAUGGACACAUGGUCAAAACUAACCUGACCAGAUCUGUGGAUGAAUAA